CAUUGUAAAAUAUGCAGACCUUCGUAUUUGUUGCUGUUGCCUUGUCCGUUGCUUGUUUGGUCGAAAGCAGGAACUACGGUCUUGCUGGAGGACUGGGGAGAGCCAAAAACGCCACCCCACAAACCCAGCGACUCGUGGACUCCGUGCGAGAUGAGAUUAUUGGUCAGCUCCCUCUGGGGUACGACAGGGAGCAGCCCUUACAGCUUACCGCUGUGUCAUACAGAGAACAGGUCGUCGCCGGAGUGAACUACUUCAUCAAGGUUGAGACCGGAUUCAACAGAUACAUCCACGUCAGGAUCUACAAAGACUUGAGAGGCGAUGCUUCCGUCACCAGUGUCCAGUUAGAGAAGUCUCUCGCAGAUCCUAUUGAAUACUUCUAAACAAAAUGUGUGGCUCAUUUCGCUUUUAUUUUUGUAUAUGCGGAAAUCAUCUUUACUCAAAAUAAAUAUCU